UUUAUCUAUGAGUUGACUCUGACACAUGCUUUUGUUCAGUCAUCUCAUCUCUAUCUUUCUGUUUAAACCCAUUAUCUAAGCAACUUCACACAACUCAUCAAACCAAACCUCGUUUUCUCCUAACACCAUAUUUUCAUGCAUACGCUGAGCCCUUUUGUUUGUGGCACUUUCCAUAACGAAUACGAUGAUGAUGACACGUGUCUUGUUGCAAGUCCUCUUUCUAGCCCCAGAAAAUAUAAGAGAAAAGAUAGAAAAAGCAACCCAUAUUCGAGCCGUGGUCUGGACAAGUUUUCUGAGCUUUUGGCUGAUCUUGAUGAGAAGAGGCAGAAGAUUUAUUCACAGACGAACCCUCAUGACAUCUCUUUCGUUCGCUUUGUGUACUCCAACACUGACGAUAUCGUUCCCGUUGUGGUCAAGGUGAAGAAAAACAACAAGGAUCAUAAACACCAGAGCCAAGAACUCAAAGGGGUGAUGAGAUCAAGAACAACGUUGACUCACACCUCCGAGUCAAUGGUAACUGAUACCGAAGAAAGAAACCAACCCAAGAGAGAGAAAAAUCAUGGGAAGGUAGCUGAGAAGAAGUUUUCUUGGGAUAUGGGGAAGCCUUCUUUCUAUUUGCCAGUGGUUAUGGUGUUGAUUCUGUUGCUCUUGGUUGUGUUUGGAAGAUCUGCUUCGACUGUUUAUACGUGUGUUUUGUGGUAUGUGAUCUCCACUGUGAGGAGCAGUUCACCAUCAAACACAAAGAUGUCAACGAAGAAGAAGGGAGAAUUGAGCGAAAAGAAGAUUGUGAUGAACAAUGAAAGGGUGAAGAAAAAGGAGUAUGUGAGAGGGUGGAGUGAGAAGAAGAUGGUGGUGAAUGAAGGGAUUAAGAAGAAAGAUUACGUGAGAUGGUGGAGUGAAAAAAAGAUGGUGACUGGUUGCUUACUUUCUCCAGAAGGUGGUGCUGAUUCUGAGGCUUUCAAGAACAAGGUUCAAGAACAGAUUCACAUAAGCAAAGCUGGUUUUAACAUGUUAAACCUCUCAAUUUCUGUCAUCACUGCUGACAAACAAUUUAAUCCUAUUUCCUUUGAUCAUAGAAUCAUCUUACAUAUAUAUGUAANGGAUAUGGGGAAGCCUUCUUUCUAUUUGCCAGUGGUUAUGGUGUUGAUUCUGUUGCUCUUGGUUGUGUUUGGAAGAUCUGCUUCGACUGUUUAUACGUGUGUUUUGUGGUAUGUGAUCUCCACUGUGAGGAGCAGUUCACCAUCAAACACAAAGAUGUCAACGAAGAAGAAGGGAGAAUUGAGCGAAAAGAAGAUUGUGAUGAACAAUGAAAGGGUGAAGAAAAAGGAGUAUGUGAGAGGGUGGAGUGAGAAGAAGAUGGUGGUGAAUGAAGGGAUUAAGAAGAAAGAUUACGUGAGAUGGUGGAGUGAAAAAAAGAUGGUGACUGGUUGCUUACUUUCUCCAGAAGGUGGUGCUGAUUCUGAGGCUUUCAAGAACAAGGUUCAAGCACAGAUUCACAUAAGCAAAGCUGGUGAAGAAUGAAGAUUAUUAUCUGUUCAUUUUUCGUGUUUUGUUUUCCAUUGUUGAACUGGGAAUAGAGUUUCUUUUGUUAGUGUGAAUACAUGUUGCCAGGUUUUCGUUGGAAACUUGUUGAAAAUUCAAUUCUUCUGGUUACACAUGUUGUGAGUGUAAAUUAUGGUAGAAAUUAUGAAUUAAGGUUGUUGACAAUCAACCCAUGUGUGUUUGCUGCACAUGGUAUUUCGUUCUUUGAAUUGGAAUAUGAUGAGAA